UCCAACAAUAGAAAGCGGUUUGUACCAAAGCUGGCGGACAGAGGUAGAUUCACAUGGAUCACAACCAAGAGCUCUGCAGCCGUUUAUUAACUCAUUACACGCCCAUUUCACAUGGAGCAAGACAUUUCUUUAUAUUAGCCUGACUGCCGUCGCGGGUGCGAAAUUAGCCGUUUUUGGCGUGUAUGCCGCUAGUUAAUCUCUGUGGAUCCCUUUUUCUUUGCCGAAUCCCGUGCCACAGUCCUGGGAAGCGCAUCUCUAACGGGAUCCACAAGCUGUAUUCCAGCAAUGGUAACUCUGUAGCGUGGAAUGGGGGACUGAAGAACUGGACUGAGAGGAAUACGGGAAUAUCCACACAGCGAUGGAAAAAUAAACAGCUUCUGAAUUAGAGGUAUUAGCAGUGUUAGGUCAGGAUGCCGCUGGUGAAGAGGAGUAUCGAGCCCCGGCACCUGUGCCACACAGUGCUGCCCCGCGGCAUCAAGAACGAGCUGGAGUGUGUCACCAAUAUCUCACUCGCCAACGUCAUACGCCAGCUCAGCAGCCUCAGUAAAUAUGCAGAGGACUUGUUUGGGGAGCUCUUUAAUGAAGCACAUUCCUUUUCCUUUCGAGUCAACUCCCUCCAGGAGCGAGUGGAUCGCCUCUCUAUCAGCGUGACACAGCUCGACCCCAAAGAGGAAGAGCUAUCUCUGCAGGACAUCACUAUGAGGAAGGCAUUCCGCAGCUCCACCAAUCAGGACCAGCAGCUGUUUGAGCGUCAGUCCCUGCCGAUGCCGCUGCAGGAGACUUUUAACCUCUGUGAACAGCCACCACCUCUCACCAUCCUCACACCCUAUAGGGAUGAUGGGAAGGAGGCUCUAAAGUUCUACACUAACCCGUCCUACUUCUUUGACCUGUGGAGGGAGAAGAUGCUGCAGGACACAGAGGACAAGAGGAAGGAGAAAAGGAAGCAGAAGCUUGAAGUGCCUUAUCUAACUUUGCCGCAGGGUUUUAUGGGUAGCCCCCAUGAACUCCUCCCACUCAUGCCUGAGUUACAGGACCCCCACUUGUAUGAUCAGGUCUAUAAGUAUUUAGACCUCCCAGGGCAGCUUAAGAACAUAGAUCGUCCUGUAGAACCAGAGAAGGUUCCGCGAGCUCCUCAUGAUCGCAAAAAGGAGUGGCAGAAACUGGCUUUGGGAGCGGAGCUUGCAGAGGACGACACAGACGAGAAACACAAAGAGACCACCAAUGGCGCAGUACCCUACCAUGACCCCAGGCAAAUGUACAUGGAACAUCUGGAUGGUCCAUACUCUCUGGCCGCUCUUCCGUACUCUCAGAUGAACGAGCUGCUGAACCGGACAGGAGACCGCAUGUAUGGCCGGCCACACGAGCCCCCACCACCGCCACCCUCACACCCGGCAGACAUCAAACCAGCCUCAGCCAUCAGCUCCAGUUCAGGUUUCUCAGACAGUCGUCCUCAGUCUCCAGCUCGCACUCCUAUCUUCCUCAACCCCAAUGCCCCGCCCCCUCCUCCUCCCCCAUUACCUCCACCUCCACCCCCUCUCCCAUCCACCCUCUCAGGGUCCAGCAUGCGGGGCACACCGCCACCCCCAAUCCCACCACUACCCUCUCAGCAGCCCCCAAUCAUACCCCCUCCUCCAGCACCCCUUCAAAUCGCCCCUGGUGUAUUACACCCUGCACCUCCUCCUGUGGCUCCACCCCUUCAUUCCUCUCCGGCCCGCCUACAGCAGGAUAAAGCUCUGCCCGCUGGUAUGGGAGAUGGGACUGUUUUACCCCCUCCUCCACCUCCUCCUCCUCUGCCUCUCCAAGGGGCCAGGAGCUCCUCCCCCUGUCCAUCUGCAGGCCCACCCCCUGUGCCUUCCUUCCCUGGAGCAGUUUCAUCUCCUCCUACUCACUCGGGUCACGAGGUCAAAAGGCAUCCUGCCAACCUGCCGCCUAUCAGCGAUGCACGCAGUGUUCUAUUAGAAGCCAUUCGUAAAGGUAUACAGCUGAGGAAGGUAGAGGAGCAAAGGGAACAGGAGGCCAAACACGAGCGUGUGGGCAAUGAUGUAGCCACUAUCCUGUCUCGACGCAUUGCCGUGGAGUACAGCGACUCGGAAGAUGACUCGGAAUUCGAUGAGGUCGACUGGAUGGAGUGAGAGAGGAGAAUGUGAAAGAGAAGAGGAUGUUACGCAGGGAAGGAGAAGGAAAUUCCCAUUAAACAGAUGUCUCAUUUAACUCUUUGUGCCCCUCCUCCAUGGUUGUCUGUGGUAUGUUUGGGAGACUUCCUGACUUCGGUUGUCUUUUUCUGAGUGCUUUGCUUUUUUUUUUUUGCUUUUUUCACACUAUAUAAUUCGAUCUAUGUUGCCAUUCUCAAGAUUUUUUAACUGUUCUUGUAGGAUUAAUGAAUGAUAAUAACCCAGCUGUUUUUAUCUUGUAGCUCAUUUUAAAGGGGGGACAAAAAUUCACUGUCUCAUUGUUUAUUUGUAUGAAGCGUUACAUAAAGGGGUGAUGAAGCGCACCUUAUUGAAUUCUAAGGCAAUGCUGCCACCUUCUGGUUGUAAAGAAAACUGGAGUGGCAUUUUUUUAAUUUUGUUGUAUUUUACAUGACAAGGAAACACAUUUCAUAUCUUCAAUAGGCCAGUAAAUGCCUGUAUGGACCAAGGCACAUACCUUGAGAAUCAGUGUGAUGGUUCAUUUAAAAAAUUGGACACGAGUCUUUUUUCAUAUCUUUGAGGAAUAUGUGUAAUAUUGUAAUGAUUGUAAUAAGAAAAAAAUGGAGAUUCUUGUUUGUUGUAAAGAUUUGAAAAUUCUUGGGCAUAAGAUAAAUAGUAAGUGUUAAAAUGAAGCCUGUGAGAGGCAUGACACUGCUGUGCUUUAUCAGGGCUCUAGAAUCAGGGUUCUGGCCUACCCAUCGAGGCCUAGAUGUCUAGCACUACAGCAGAAAAAAACACCACAGGAGAAGACAGAGAUAUGUCCUUUAAGUCCCAGUGCUUAGUGAUAAUAAUGAGGAGCAUUGUGUUUGAAAACAGUAUUGAACAAAACAGAUGGACCAUCAUAAUUUAUCAUUUCUACGAUUUAAGUUUGUCACCACCCGCCGGUCAUCAGCGAAUGAAUGACCUGCCAUCUACCUGUGCGUGUUCUAACUGAAAAAGACUUGCCGUUCAUUUCUCUUUUUCUGCCUUAUGGUUUGCGUAGACGUGUCGUUAAGUUGAUGAAUGUACUGUGCUGUUACUACUUUUUGCCUGCGUUCCUAAGCAUUAGCUGUUUCUAUGUUCCAGCCAGGAGAAUAAUUAAAAAAAAGAAAAAGAUGAAGAAAAAAAACUAAAUAUGAAUCAAAAGUGUACACCUUGUAACUUACGUAACUGUUUAAUGUAACAGUUUGCUUGAAUUAAUAAAAGCUAAUGUUAUGUUUGA